AUGAAAUCAACUGGCCUGAAAAGGAUGAAGCGCCACCUCCAGAUGCCCAGGAUCUGAUUACCCUGCUGCUCAGGCAAAAUCCCUUGGAAAGACUGGGUACAGGUGGUGCCUAUGAAGUAAAGCAGCAUCAGUUCUUUCGCAGCCUGGACUGGAAUAGUCUGCUGAGGCAGAAAGCAGAAUUUAUUCCCCAGCUGGAGUCUGAGGAUGACACAAGUUAUUUUGACACUCGUUCUGAGAAAUAUCACCACAUGGAAACUGAGGAAGAAGAUGAUACAAAUGAUGAAGAUUUUAAUUUGGAAAUUAGACAGUUUUCCUCAUGUUCACACAGGUUUUCAAAAGUUUUUAGUAGCGUAGAUCGAGUCGCUCAAACCCAAGGUGAAGAAAAAGAAGAUGCAGGAGACAAAAUAAAAAGUGUAACCUUGCCUUCUGUUGAAUCUUUAAGCUGGAGUUCAGAAUAUUCUGAAAUCCAACAAAUAUCCACAUCCAUCUCCUCUGAUACUGAGAGUGGUCGACAGCGACACAGUUCUGGUUUGCUCCCAAAAUUGGCCAUAUCGGCCGAAGGAGAACAAGAUGAUCCCAUUUGCUUAGCAGGACCCCCGGUGGAACAGGAAAAAGCUGCAUUUGUGAAUGAGGAAAUAGUGCCAGAUGAACCUGAAGUAACCACUCCAGCAAGCACUAUCAGCAGCUCCACGCUCUCAGUUGGCAGUUUUUCAGAGCACUUAGAUCAAAUAAAUGGAAGAAGUGAGAGUGUGGACAUUGCAGACAACUCCUCAAAGCCACCUGGUGAAGUUGCUUCUCAUAUGGCUCGUCAGCGAUUAGAAAGCACAGAGAAAAAGAAGAUCUCUGGAAAAGUCACCAAGUCCCUUUCUGCAAGUGCUUUAUCGCUCAUGAUCCCAGGAGAAGUGUUUGGUGUUUCUCCUUUGGGAAGCCCUAUGUCUCCUCAUUCCCUAUCAUCAGAUCCUUCAUCCUCCCGAGAUUCCUCUCCUAGCCGUGAUUCUUCAAUCGCUGCUGCAAGUCAUCAUCAGCCAAUAGUAAUUCACAGCUCAGGCAAGAAGUAUGGCUUCACAAUCCGAGCGAUCAGGGUUUAUGUGGGCGACAGCGACGUCUACACCGUGCAUCAUAUUGUUUGGAAUGUGGAAGAAGGAAGUGCAGCAUAUCAAGCAGGAUUAAAAGCUGGGGAUCUGAUUACUCAUGUCAACGGCGAGCCAGUGCAUGGGCUUGUUCAUACAGAAGUCAUUGAGCUGUUAUUAAAGAGUGGUAACAAAGUGUCAAUUACUACAACCCCCUUUGAGAACACUUCUAUCAAGACAGGGCCUGCCAGGAGAAACAGCUACAGGAGCCGAAUGGUGAGGCGCAGCAAGAAAGCCAAGAAGAAAGAUUGCUUAGAGAGGAGGAGAUCUCUCUUUAAAAAGCUGGCCAAGCAACCCUCUCCACUUCUCCACACCAGCAGAAGUUUCUCCUGCCUGAACCGGUCGCUCUCAUCAGGAGAGAGCUUGCCAGGGUCUCCAACACACAGUUUGUCUCCGAGGUCACCCACCCCAAGCUAUCGCUCUACUCCUGAUUUCCUGUCUGGUACUAAUUCUUCCCAGAGUAGCUCACCGAGUUCAAGUGCUCCCAAUUCUCCAGCUGGCUCAGGACACAUAAGACCCAGCACUCUUCAUGGCUUGGGCCCAAAGCUUGGCGGGCCAAGAUACAGAUCAGGAAGACGCAAGUCAGCUGGCAGCAUUCCCCUCUCCCCGCUGGCGCGAACGCCUUCGCCUACACCCCAGCCCACAUCACCGCAGCGAUCUCCGUCACCGCUGCUAGGGCUGACUCAGGAAGAAGUGAACAGAGAGAUGUCCCAAAGAGAAGUAAACCUUCAGAGCUUGGAGGAGAACGUAUGUGAUGUACCAUCACUCACACGGGUCAGACCUGCAGAACAGGGCUGCUUGAAACGCCCCAUCUCCCGAAAAUUAGGCAGGCAGGAAUCCGUUGAUGAGUUGGACAGAGAGAAGUUGAAGGUCAAGAUCGUUAUGAAAAAGCAAGAUUUUGCUGAGAAAUCAAACACAAUACACGAACCUACCAGUGAGCCAGAAAAUCCCAAUCUCAAUACCUUGAAAUUGGAAGAAAGGGACAAAAAAGGGUUUCAGAAGGUUUUAGAAAGAUCAAACCAGUUUGAAGCAAAAAUUGUUACUCUGGAGACUCAGUCAGCUGGUGGCAUACUCAAAGACACCCUUCAAAAGAAUGCAAACUUAAGAUCAAAUGAGUGUGUUCCUUUAGAUGCACAGAUGUUGUGUCAUGGGUCUCCGCUUAAUGAACCCAGUCACAUUUCUUACGACUUCAAAAGAAUUUCCCCUCCAUGUACAUUGCAAGAUGUGCUACCUCAGUCCUCUGACAGAACACUAAAUGGAAAGGGAGAAAACAGAGAUAAAAAUGCAUCGGCAAAAGAAUUUGUAAAAUUUGAAAGAUUAGAUGGUAAGCUUGCAAAUAUUGAUUAUCUUAGAAAGAAGAUGUCCUUUGAAGAAAAAGACGACAGUGUUUGUCCAGUGCUAAAACCCAAACUGACUUCAAGUGUUCAUGAAUGCUUUCAACUUAAUACAGUCAGAUCCAUAAACAUACAGCAGGAUUGCACUGCAGUUGCUGAUGGUAGAGCAUUUAUCAGCAGUGCACAUGCUGCUCAGAUUAGCUCCGUUUCUUUCAUUCCUCUCAAAGCUUUGAAUGUCCGAGUGGAAGCUAGUGUUGAAAAAUCAACCCUUAUUUCCACCGAGUCUCCUGUCAGAAAAAGUCCAUCAGAAUAUAAACUGGAUGGAAGAUCUGUUUCCUGUUUGAAGCCGAUAGAAGGAACAUUGGACAUUGCCUUACUUUCUGGUCCACAGGCUUCAAAGUCUGAACUGCCUUUGUGUAUACUGCCAGAAUGCCAGAGUACUAACAGUGAUGUGUCAUCUCCUAAACCUCCCGUUCCCCAGGGGAGCGGUGGGCAUGCAGAACUGGACAGUCAGAAAGAGCAGUUGUUAAGCUACUCAAAGUCUAGCAAAGCCAACAUGCUAGAGCCCCAGUUUCUGCAAGCAAGCAGAAGUCCUCAAAAUCCAUCAGCCACUCUUGUCACAACUGAGGCAGUGACAGAAAAAAAGAUCUUUAGUGGAGCUGCUAGAGGCAACGUCUCUGUUACUGAAGGUGUUCAAAGGAAAGACACUUCCCCUUCAAAACAAAAGGACAAUUCUGUGGAGUCAUGUGCUAUUCAGAAUCAGAGUCUUAAAACCACCCAAACAUGUUCCAAAAUUUCUACUGUCCAAAGCACUCCUGAAAAAGCUGUAGAAAAAGAGAAGCAAACACAGAAAGAGUUGCCUGCCGGACAGCUAGCAGCCCAGAGAAAUUAUGAACCUCUCCCUGCAAAGGUGGAGGUGGUCAGGGAGUCAUCUCUGAAGGUGUCCGUCUCGAAUGUGCUGACAACUAGUUAUGCCAAAACCAAGGAAAAGCAUUUUGUUGACUUUGCCAUUCCACCUCAGAUGCAAGGAAAAGUGCAGGCAGCUGGUCCCAAGACACAACCUAGGGAUAGCAGAGAUGCACUGAAGCAGCCAGGCAAAGAUGAUGUCACCAAAGCAAGUAGCUCUGUAGAGAAAGACACAAAGCAGAAGAUUUUCAGCGAGUCCAAGAAAGUUAUUGCAGAGUCAGAGAGUGAAACCAGUCCAUCCAAAUUGCUUCUGCAACCUCCAACAGAAGGUGAUCCUAAAAAUGGGAAGCUUGCACAGUGUCCUCCUAUACAGAAGGACACUACCAAAGAUUCAGGAAAGAAAGAUCAGAAGCCACUCACCGAAAUUCAGCUUCAGGCUACUGAGAGAGAGCUGGCCAACCAGGCUCCUCAGCAGCAACUUAAUGCCUCAAGCUCCCCUGCUGUGAAAGAGUCUGUAAGCAGAAACUGUGCUGCAGAUGUUCCGGUAGAACAUGUGAAGCCUGCUGCUGCCUGUGUGCUGGAAAGCAGCAGUAAUAAAUUCAGGCCUGUCUCUGAUAAUAGUUCCUCUAAACCUAAGUACUCGGAUAAACAGACUUUUUCACAAAAAACAUGCACUCCAACUGUAAAAGAAAAAGAUACCAUUAUUCAGGUGUCUGCCAGCUCCUGGAAAGAUGGGAAAUGUGCCAGUAAAAACGUGCAAGAUACUUCCUUUGUUUCAGGCUCUAUGAGAAAAAUGAGCAAUGAACACGUUCAGGUUGAAAGGCCUCUGGGUUUGGAACAUGGGUCAGUAUCCACCCUUCCAACGAAUAGUAUCACUCCUGAAAUCAAACCCAAAUCGUCUGCUGUUGGCCAGGUACCAGCAGGCCCAGAGAGUUCUAAGCUAAUGCAAAGGCAAGAACCAGCAGGCUUUGGGGAAUCUGCUGAUCGAAAGCAUCUUCACCUCAGUGAAAAACAAACUGUCUCUCCAAAGUUUUCCACUGUGAAAGACACUCUCCUGCUGAGCAAAGAGAUGGAGAGAAUCCCUAGUAACCAGAUGAUCUUGGCAGACAAAAAACCUGAAGGAAAAAUAUGCACUGACGCACUUUAUGUUCAACAUGACAGUGGAAAAGUAGAGCCUACCCUUUGCUUCACAAGCUGUGAUGCCAGAGGAAAAGGAGCAGAAAAAGUAACCACAAGUAGCAAAAGCCCUCAAGAUUCAAAAGGGAAAGGACAUGCUAAUCAAAAACAGCCAGAGGAUGCAAACAAGCACGUGGCCACCAAGCAUUCUUUGGCUGCUGCGGGGCAGAGCUCCUGUCGCGUGGCUGCAGUGCCAGGAAAGCCACCGACUCCUUCAGCCAAUUUCCCUGAGUGCAGACAAGAAGCAUCCACCUCAUUCUCAGCCAAGAGCAAUGCAGCUUCAGUGAAGGCUAAAGCAGCCUCACCUGAGCCUCCUGCAGGCAUCUGCAAGGAACUGAAUAAGAAAAGCACCUCUUCUGUAGGAAGUGGUAAGAUGGGAAUGACUAAAAGUAUUUCCCUGAUGACCUUGCACAGUGCUGCUGUUGCAGUUGAAACCCACCAGGCUGCUUCAAACCUCGGGGGGAAACCUGGAAAUCAAGACAGGUCUUUUUCUGUUAGCACUGUGGAUGUAAAGGGAAAAGAUGCCAUACAGGCUCAGCCUUCUGCUUCAAGAAAACAGAAUGCAGGUAAAGAUCUACCCAGGUCAGCAACUGCACCUGACCGCCCCAACGCACUUUCCAGCGACAAAGACUCGGCCCGGCAGCGGCGAGGAAAGGACGCUCUGCGGAGCAGUCCCCACAAAAAGUCCUCUUGACUCUAGUACCUGGCAGGUGGGACCGCAGGACUGGCUGAAAACAUGUCAGUGUGUUUUGACUACCUUCAAACCAGCACGGUGUAGUAUCCUUGUGCAGCAAAGAUUUCAUGUCACUGAAGCAAGAGGAC